UCUCUGCCAUUGCCAUUUCCCACCGAUCUCUAGUAUCGUGUUGAUAGUGCGCAUAGAACGUGAUUCCGGGCGAUUAUACGAUCCCGGUCUCUCUAUUUACCUUUAGUUUAGUCGUAGUUCAGUCGUACGCAUCACUCAGUGUCAUGGAGCCUCAGAACCAGGAAAUUGUCCAAGGAGGAUCCCCUGCGGAAGUCCCCAACGACCCAGGAAAAAUGUUCAUUGGAGGACUCAGCUGGCAGACUAGUCCAGAAAGCUUGAGGGAAUACUUCAGCAAAUAUGGUGACAUCACGGAAGUCAUGGUGAUGAAAGAUCCAGCUACAAGAAGGUCGAGCAAUAUCAGCGGUCCAGGCGGCUACCCUGUGGAAAUCGACGUCAAAGUCUCCACCCCCAGGGGCUUCGGAUUCAUCACCUUCACCGAUCCAGCUAGCGUAGAUAAGGUUUUAGCCCAGGGCACGCACGAACUAGAUGGCAAAAAGAUUGACCCCAAAGUAGCAUUUCCAAGAAGAGCACAUCCAAAGAUGGUUACUAGGACGAAAAAGAUUUUCGUUGGUGGAUUAUCAGCACCCACAACCCUUGAUGACGUCAAAAGUUACUUCGAACAGUUUGGACCGAUAGAAGACGCAAUGCUGAUGUUCGACAAGCAAACAAAUAGACAUAGAGGUUUUGGAUUCGUCACAUUUCAGAGCGAGGACGUAGUAGAUAAAGUUUGUGAAAUACACUUUCAUGAAAUCAACAAUAAAAUGGUAGAAUGCAAGAAGGCGCAACCCAAAGAAGUUAUGCUUCCAGCAAAUUUGGCGAAGACGCGAGCAGCCGGUCGUGGCGCAUACGAUUUCAUGUGGUCCCUUGGGGCUCUUCCUGACGGUUUCCCUGCGGCCGCUUACGCGGCCUACGCCGCUGGUCGAGGUUAUUCGGGCUACCCUAGUUUCGGACUUCCAUACCCAACAGUGGACAUAACAAAUGGACAAUUGACACCUAACAAUAACACACCGCUGUUGACCCAGGCGCUGUCAGGGUCUUCGGGGGCGAGCUGGUCUCAACCUUCUGCAGCCGACCAGUCGGCAGGGGCACCGGCACCACCACAACCACACUUCUCCGUUUCCUUUGCAGUGAUGAACAACUACCAGGCUGCCGCAGCAGCUGCUGCGCAAGGUUUCGGGCCUCCGGCUUCACCGCAUGCGGCCAGCACGCGAGGCGGAUUCCCAGCAGCCAACUCGCCUGGACCGACCAUCGACAUGUACAACAGCAGUGCAGGAGACAGUGUGGGCUAUGUGCAGGCCACUAGUCCACAGCCAUCAAGCUUUCCUGCCAUCGCUGUUAGCCGAGCUCCUCUCAAUUAUAAUCCAGGGCCCUUGAUUCCAGCUGCUUUCACUAACGGAUAUCACUGAAGUCGAUAGGAUUUAUUGUAUUUGUGAGAAACGACUAGGCAGCUACUGUGAUCAGUCGGGAGCUCUAAUUACGGGGAUCCCACAAACCACCUGAAAUUUUCAUCGGUUACCUAACCGAAAGUACUGCGAUCAGUCGAAUACCUUUUUUUGGGACCCCUGGUACAUGCACACGUUUACGUUCAGUCAGUGCUGCCGUUUCGUGUGCUUCAAUUUCGACUAGGCAGCUACUGUGUUCAGUCGUCUUACAUCUGCACUUGUACAUUCACUUUUGUGUGUAUAAUAUUUAAUAAUAUAAUUAACUGUAGCACUCCGCCAGGCGCGGCUACACUUGUUGUUGUAAUGUUUGGUGUCAGAAUUCUCCCCUUUUCCUGCGCCCUCUACCUUCGGCAGCCGCCGAGAUACCGAUUUACAGACUACUUUUUCUCGUUACUGCUCGUGCGCAUUGUAUUCGUCCGGUGCAGGUAAGCUUCAUCAAAUUAUCGGAUUAGGAGCGAAAGAAAUGUUCAUUGGAAUAAGGCACAAUGUAUGUAUUCAAAUAUAAACUCAUUCUGAAACAACUCGGGAUCCACCCUUUGAAACAAAUAAUGUUUUCUGACAAUAUUAAUUUGAAAGGCGGAAUUCAACCUUUAAUCUUCCCUGACUUGAAAUGUUAACAACUAUUACAUAGAUGUGAAGUUUAAAAUACCACGACCUAUUUUCCACAUUUUCUUCCACUCAGUUACGAAAGUACCACUUUCGGGUAGAAAUUCAAUUUCCCGCACAAAAAAUAAAAUUGGGAAGAUACUUUAGGCGUGAGUAGAAAAGAUUAUUUUUUUCUACAAACUGUUUUUCUUGCUUUGUCAAUUUCGAUUCUAAUGUAUCACUUUCAGCCCUUAGCAGGGAAAAAUUCACUUUUUCGCACUGGUGCGGGAAAGUGAAUUUUACUUUCGGAGCUGAAGUGAGUACGGGAGAGUAGGUAAAUAUGCACGAGGGUACAAAAAAAAUAUUUUUGAAUUUCAUCAUUGCUGUAUGCAGUAACUGAGAUUGUUAUUCAUUUUUAUCACAUUAUUUGUUUCGUUAUGUUAAUUAGUUUCCUGGAGUGUUUCAUUGUUUUGGAUACUUCAACUUCACCUAUGAAAAAGCUUUAAACGAUCUCCUAAAUGUAUUGAGUUUAGUGAAAAUUUUUUCUUUCAUUCAUAUUUUUUGAUCGUAGAUAGAUCAUAUCAGUCAAUGAAGCUUUUAAUGAUGUUUCCAUUUCAAUUGCGGAUUAAGAUGGGGGUAUUUUGGUCAGUGAUUCCUUAAUACUCUGAAUGUGUCCUGCUAUUACAAUGAACAUUAAUUUCGUCAAUAAGUUUUUUUCAAUGAUAUUUCAAGAUCCCUAUUGGUCCUUCCUGAAAUCGCACAAAUAUCAUUCUUCAGUAGAAAAUAGCCUAAAAUUUAAACUUUCAGAAUGCUUAGUUAAAUUGUAGGACAAUUUUCCCAUUGCAUUUCAUCCAAGUCAGUGGUUCCGAAUACUGAAUCAUCAUUGUUUUAUUAUCAAAUUGUUGAUAUAAGGCCUAAAAAGAAAAAACAUUUGCAAUUACUCUCAGCAAUUAAAUUUUAUCAUCUAGAAAUUUGGUAAUAUCAUAUAAACCAAGUAGUAACGUUUAAUCGCGCAAUGAAAAAGAGCAUUGUUAUUUGUAAUAUCGUGCAAAACUGCCAUAUUACAAACGAUUAGUUAUACGUUGUCGCUGAUGACAAAAAACUCGGCGACUACCGAAAGAGUGGACCCCACCAAACACAGGCACUAUUAGUUACGACUUGCGUUAAUUAUUACAUAUGAUAUAUUACAGGGUAUCUUUAAAAUGGGAUACAUUAUCCUCACAUUAUAUUAUAAUUAAGGACCAAUUGGGCAAUGUUGUCAAUUGGUGAAUUAGCCACAUUGCCGUGGUAAUUUUAUCAUAUUAUUUCCUUGUUUUCAUCAUUACUAUACGUUAUUCAGUAGUUGUUUUUAUAUAAAUUUUAUUUCGUCAUAUUAUUAUUAUUAUAGUUCAUGAAUUAGUUAUUUAUAUGAAGAACAAAUUAUAUAAUAUGGUAAGUGUUUGUGUUGUUGCAACACAUAUUGUAUGUUGCGCGUGAAACUGAUACUGUAACUUGGAUACUUAUUUAAGAGAUUUGUAUAUAAUUAUUAUUGUUAUUUAAAUUGGUGUCAUUGAUCGGCCUCUCCUCGAAACUUCGUUACAAAAUAGAGAAAAAAAAUUGUCGAUAGAUUGCAAUUGAAAAAUAUUAAAUGAAUUUGUUUUGAAUUUUUAUAAGAAAAAAAAUGGUAUUCCUAAUGCUGCACGAGAAUAACACUUUCAAUGAGUUCUUUAUCGUUCAAUCGAUUGUAGUCACGAUAGCGUGAUAUUGACUAAGAAAGACAGUGGCGGAGUUCACGCAGCGUUCACCGGUCAGUGGCACCGGCUGUCUGUGUAGCUUGUAGAAUUUUGACGUAUUCCUCUUGUAAUAUCUUAACAGUAGGUCUGUCUCACUGUUUAGUAUAGGUCAGAUCAAUUGAAAUUAUAUGUUAUAUAAAUGUUUCCUGUUAUCGAGUGAAUAUUCUAUAAAAACAAUCGAUCAAUUCGAAAUCGUUCGUUUCGUGACGGAUGGAAUCGCGCUCUUCAGUAUUGCAUCUCCAUAGAUCUGUCAUGCGCACUUUUACAAUAAUCUCUGUAGUCCGUGUAGGGCUUCAUACUCCCAUCCGAGCAGGAACGAACUGUCUGUUCUCAAUUUUCAAUACGUAGGUUAUACAUGGUGUGUUAUCAUUUUUGAUCAUUGUUUCCCUUUUUUAUGAAAUCCGCCGAGUUGGUGGUGGCUUUUUAAAGAAAUAUCAUGUGUUGUCCAAAUGACAGCACUCGCUUGUCUCCUCAGUACAAAUAUACCACGAUACGAACUUAAUUUCAGAGUAGAAACGUAAAUGGUCGACUAAGUCCACCUCAGUGAACAUUCUAAUGAAUUCGAAACUGUAACAUCAUGAAAUGGAAUGAUUUCGAUCCGGAAAGGAUGUUGAACUGAUAAAUUUAUUCUCUAUCAACGUCUUAGUUUUCCCUACAUUCGUUUUUUGUAUUCGUCGAACAUUUGGUUCAUUUUAUCUGUUUUCUCUUCCUCCUUCACACAUUUGCGGUUAUAACUCUACUUACAUGUUGUUCAUCCUUCGUUUUGUCAAGAGAAUAAAUGAAUGUUUUUUUGACAGAUAACGUGAAACGACUGGUUCUGUUUGAGGUUUGGUUAGCAAAACUGCCAUUUAGACCGAUUCAGUUAAAUAGAAGAAAAGUAGGUCGAAACAAAGCAAAUAAAAUUUUUAUUAAUCGAUGAUAGAAAUAAAAAUUCCAGUUUUUACACCGGAGAGAACGUCAACCUAAUGUGGACGUACGUACGGCCAGAGUAAAGCAACGAUUGAACGUUAGCUGAUUAUUAAUAGUAGAGUUUAGAAGCGCGUUUCUAUGAAAUCGUGCAUUUAUUUAAUGAGUCCUAUUUUGGGGGCUGGCAGCGACUAAACCAAUAUUCAAAUUUAAUGACCUGUCGAACGCAUCUAUUAUUCUAUUAGACCUGGUAAAAUAUUCACUCAUAAUAAUAUGACCAUUUCACAGAACCACUAAAAAACACGUUCUGAUUAUGAUCGAAAAUUGCUUAAUUUCGACCAUCCAAUUUUAUCGAUUUCUUUCCUUUAUGUUCACUGGAUUUCAGCAUUUUCUGAAAACUAUUCUUGUUAUUAAAAUUAAAAAAUCAGAAAAAUCAGUUCACACCUAACAUGUUUAUAUCAUUUUUCGGAUCAGAGUGAAUUUUCGAAAGAAUAUCAAACACCAGAAAAGUUUAGGUGUUUGGAUUUGAAUAUUGGUGGACUACGAGAAAAGAAAGACAGAAGGCAGCACCUGGUCCGGUGAUGACCUUCCGUCCAAAUAUGGUGAAAAUUGACCAAAGGUAUAAUAUGUCAAUACUAAUGUCAAUACAUGGACUGCGUAUUAUUUCGUUUUUUCACUUGAUUUGGUGAAACCAAAGUAUUUUUAAUGUCAAUCCAGAGCAAUACGGUAUAUGUAGCUAGUGUAAUCCAAAAAUACCUUCAUUUAUAUAUUUUGAUAUGUAUAAACUAUUUUCUCGCGUUAAGUGGUUAUAGGGAUAAGUUAAUAUCAGCACCCUGUACAUGUCAACGGCUUCCCAUCUGAUUUUUCGAAGUUGUCAAUAAUAUUCAUCUGGAGUAGAUCGAGGAAACACUUUCUUGAGAUCCAACCUUUAUUCGUCAUAAGCACAUAGUUCUCUUUUGAACGAGAUUGAGAUUUUCAUUGCGUAAAAUAAUGACCGUUGAUUAUACAUGGUGUUCAGGCAUGAGUGCGUGGUCAAGGCACAUUCCAACACUUACAUAGCCUCAGACUUCAUAUAACAACAUAUCAUAAGCGAUCACGGUCUUGCAUGCCCAAUUUCAUAAAAUGUACCAAUCAACAUUGAAUCCAUAAAAAUUUUAUCGAACUUGAACAUUUCUUUUGUUUCAUCAUGCUGGUUUACUGCCUCCAGAUUUCUUGGAUUUUUUCUGAGUCAGGCUCUGUGAUACGUUCAAAGGUACAUUUUCCGAAAUUUUUAGAGGCUAGAAUAGAGGUUUCAUAUAAAAUAUUUUUUUCCGUAUGGAAUAUUAUAGACAAUAUUGUUCACACUGUGAAUUUUCAGUUGUAUGAUUAAAACUGUAUAUCGUGGGCCUUACUAUACACUGAAAAUUGAAAUGUGCUGUCCAAAUUUUGCUACUUUAAUUUGAAUCUUGCAAACUUUCAUGACAGUAAAAUGGAAUUUCAUUACACAUUUCAUCUGAAAAUGUGAAAAACGCCAGUUCGUCUUUGAAUAAUUGAAAAUUCACUGUUCGUCCUCAUUCACAAUAAAACGCGAUUCAAAUUAGAUAUUGUAGAAAAAAAUUGCUUAUGAAUUCAAUCUACUGUCAUGAAAAGGGGGUUAUUGAAUUUAGCUAGGAAGAAAUUAUGAAAAAUACCCCUUUUUUGUAUACUUAAGGCGCCCCGUGCCCUUUUGUUAUUUUACUUUCAUACGUACUUUAGAAUUUGUUCAUUAAGUGUAUACAAGCUGUAUAUAUUGAUAUUAUAUUAUACAUAUAAUUGUA